AUGUCUAUGAGAGCUCGCCACAAAAUUAGAGCUCCCAAAAGGGGGGGAACCUCAGCAGCGAAGCCUGAAUCUUUCGACGCGAUCUGGUCCGUUCUCUCAUCGUCAUUGACCGAAAUUAAUACAAAAAAUGCCUCAACGCUGGCGUUCGAAGAGCUCUACCGUCAUGCAUACAAGAUCGCUUUGAUGAUGCGGGGUGAAGAACUUCACGACAAGGUCAAGGAACUAGAGCAGCAAUGGCUUCAGAACAACGUACAAAAGCUUAUUACUGGGUCUAUUUCUCCAAUUCUCGUUAGAAUGCACAACUCAGCAGACGCGCCAGACCAAUCCAACGAGAGGCGAGAGGCGGGCGAGAAGUUCUUGGCCGCGCUCAAAGAUGCUUGGGAAGAUCAUCAACUAUGCAUGGGCAUGGUUACAGAUGUUCUGAUGUACAUGGACCGCAUGAUCUUAGCCUCUCACACCAGGCCUUCCAUCUAUGUUGUCUGCAUGGCACUGUUCCGUGACCAUAUUCUUCGGUCUUCUGUUCGCCCCGACUCUAAUCUGCAGGUCAUUGAAAUGCUGGAAUCCACCAUUUUGUUCAUGAUCCAGCUGGAACGCUCUGGUCACAUCAUUGAGCGUCCAUUAAUCAGACACUGCAUCCAAAUGAUGGAGGGUCUCUACGAAACCAUCACAGAGGAUGAAAGUACAAAGCUUUAUCUCACAAUUUUCGAACCAGCUUUCCUUGAUACAAGCAAGGAUUUCUACCAAGCCGAAGGACGCCGAUUAUUGGAGAUCGGUGAUGCUGCCACUUUCUGUCGAAUCACAAUCCAGCGCAUUGUCGAAGAACAAGAGCGAUGCCAGUAUACUCUGGCUAUUUCAACACAGACAAAAAUUCUUGACCUGCUAGAUGAGCACUUGAUUCGCACCAACAUCACAGAAGUCGUCAAGCUUGAAGGAACCGGUGUACGACACAUGCUCGACCACAACCAGCUCGAUGCAUUGCGCGAUGUUUACUCACUGAACGCAAGAGUUGACCCCAAAAAGGAAGCCCUGGUCAAGGAAGUCAACAAGAGGAUCGUGGAGAUGGGUAAGGAUAUCAACGCUUCGUCAAAACCUGUUCCGCCAACCCCGGCUCCUGCUGCCCAGAAGGACGAAAAGAGCGAUAAAAAAGAGAAAACAACAGAAAAGCAAAGGCCCGUGAACCAGCAAACAGAGUCCGCAAUUCGCUGGGUUGAUGAGAUCUUGGGCCUCAAACGGAAAUUCGACGAGGUCUGGGAAAAGGCGUUCCUGUCUGACCAAGGCCUUGAGAGUUCGAUCAUGGGCAGUUUUUCGGAUUUCAUCAACAUGAACACUCGCAGCUCCGAGUUCCUUUCCCUAUUUUUUGACGAGAACCUGAAGAAGGGCAUCAAGGGAAAGACAGAGAGCGAGGUGGAUUCUCUACUUGACAAUGGCAUUACGCUACUGCGCUAUAUCAAAGACAAGGACCUCUUCGAAACUUAUUACAAGAAGCAUUUGUCACGUCGUCUUUUGAUGAAGCGCGCUGCCAGCAUGGAUGCGGAGAGACAGAUGAUUUCCAAAAUGAAGAUGGAAGUCGGCAAUCAAUUUACCCAGCGCAUUGAAUCCAUGUUCAAGGACAUGACAAUUUCCGAAGACCUGAGUGCCAACUACAAAGAUCACGUAUUAAAAACGGGGGAUCCCGACCAGAAGCCCGUGGAUCUGGAGGUCAAUGUUCUCACCAGCAACAUGUGGCCAAUGGACAUCAUGGCGAGCACGAAAGAUGGAAUAGUUCAACUACCCUGCCUCUACCCGAAGGAAAUCUCCUCCCUCAUCCAAAGUUUCGAGCGAUUCUACCUCGGCAAACACAACGGCCGCAAGCUGUCCUGGCAAGGCAGUAUGGGCACUGGUGACAUCCGAGCCACCUUCAAACGACCCAAUGGCAAAGUCCAGCGCUACGAGCUCAACGUUUCGACAUAUGCCAUGGUUAUCCUUAUGCUGUUCAACGAUACACCAGAUGGUGAGCCGCUAACUUACGAAGAAAUUCAAACCCGCACCCAAAUCCCCGACCACGACUUAAUCCGAAACCUGCAAUCGCUGGCCGUUGCUCCCAAGACUCGAGUCUUGAAAAAGGAUCCAAUGAGCAAGAAUGUCCAACCUACAGAUCGCUUCUUCUUUAAUCACGAAUUCCACAGCCCAUUCGUGAAGGUGCGCAUUGGUGUUGUCAGCGGUGGCGCGAAUAAGGUCGAGAACGUGGACCAGCGCAAGGAAACCGAGGAGAAGAUGAGCGAGGAACGCGGCGGUACCAUUGAGGCCGCUAUCGUGCGUAUCAUGAAACAACGGAAAAACCUCACGCAUCAACAAUUAAUGACAGAGGUCAUUUCUCAGUUGAAUUCUCGUUUCAUCCCCGAUGUUCACAUGAUUAAGCGUCGUAUUGAGAGUUUGAUUGACCGUGAAUAUCUGGAGCGCAUUUCCGAGGAGCCACCUACUUAUGGUUAUAUUGCGUGA